AUGUUAUUUUUCUUUUACUCGGCCCCACUCUCUUCUCUCACACGAAACAACAACAACAUCUCUUCUCUGCUCACGCUUCAACAACAACACAAGGUAAAUGAAAAUGAAAGGUUCAGAACCAUACCAAAUCGGAGGAGAUUUUCCGAUGACGAAUCCGGCGUACUCAGGCGCGCAACUUUCUCUUCCUUCGAUCAAAGAGUUUCCGUCGGAGAUGAAGCUGUUGUUCGCUGCGUGCUGCUCGACUAUGAAGGUCUUGUGUUGAACAAAUUGGUGCAAAUGUUGGCGUUUUAUGUUCAGAAAAUGCAGGCUUUUUGUUUGGUUAUGGGUAGCUAGCUGGCUUGGGAUAGUGAAGUAACAUGGUGAUGUGCAGAGAACAAACGUGAAAGACAAAUCUUUUUUUGUUUAUAUCUUUUUGUUUGACUUGUACUAAAGUUAAAGAAAUCAAAAAAAGAA